CCCAAUUCAAUUCGCAAACUGCGGUGAAAUGCAGUGCAGUUUCUCGGUGCGGCUGUAAAUUGUUAACAUAAUUCCACAAUGAGCUUGCAGUGUCGUGUUUGUUUGGAAUUUACAAGCAAUUGUACUUCUCUCUUCGUCUGUAGUGGUGGGAGUACAACUACACUCGCAGAAGUAAUACAAUUCUGUACUGAUAUAAAGCUAGCGGACGAUGACGAUUUACCGUCCCACAUCUGUUCGAGUUGCUCCGAAGAUGCUAAACAUGCCUUCACGUUUGUACAGAAAUGUCGACUGUCGGAACGAGCACUACAGGCACAAAAAACUCGUACAAAAGCUGUUUCGGAACCCACACAACAUUUGGUGGUAGAAUUCAUAACCCAACCCGUCCCGAGGAGUCGGCUGUUCCAGUCGAACAAGGACAUUUCACCAUCACCAUCAUCACCACCGUCGCCUGGUGAUAUUUACCUUGCCGAGUACCUUGAUGAGGAGCAGGAAAUCCAGGAAAAUAAUGACCACGAAGAGGACGUUCAGGAAGGCGGUAGCCUGUAUUUGCCUGUGCCAAACGACCAGUCAGAAAGCGAUUCGAACAACCACCACUGCUUGUACUACUUCUGUUGCCAUGGCGACUGCUCGUUGACGUUCCACUCCAAACGUGAGCUGAAAGGGCACAUCCGUUUGCAGCACCAGCAGCUGCUAGUUUCCGAACAGGCAAACGUGCCUGAUAAACGGCACAGCUGCAGCAACUGCGACCACGCAUUCUCUAGCGCGAAGGAACUUGCCACCCAUGAAUUGCUGUUACAGCUGAAAAAGCGUUUACUUAAUCCAGCGAGCAAAGGACGGCCGAAGACGUAUCCCUGUCUGUUUAACGCACCGGAGAAAAAAUGCUGUGACUGUUACGCGUCCUUCCCUUCGCUAGAAUCCCUACUCGACCACACCGUUGAGCGGCAUUCGAUAAGGCAAACGAUACACGAUGCUACCCGCCCGGUCCGGUGCGAACUGUGCUUUAAGCUGUUCCGUUGCAAAGCGAGCCUCCGCACGCACCAGAACGCUCCUUACAAACCGCGGCACUAUAGCUGCAGCACGUGCGAUGCCUCCUUCCCGACACGUUCCCGUCUGGCGGCUCACGAACCGGUGCACAGCGCAGUGCGGAAGUUCGUUUGUGGCGAAUGUGGCGCAGGGUUUAAAAAUGAGCAAAACCUCUCCACCCACGCGUUGCUGCACGGCGAGAAGCGAGAGGUGUGCAGCGUGUGUGGGUUACGGUUUCACCGGAUAUCCAACCUCCGGAUGCACGAGCGUGUUCACACCGAUGCUUACUAUGCGGCGUGUCCACACUGUGCCAAGAAGUGUAAAAAUCAAUCCCAACUGAAGGAACAUCUGAAGGUGCACACGCAGGAGAAACCGUUGCCGUGUCGGCACUGCGCGAAACGGUUCAUGUAUGCGAGCGACCGGAAGCGGCACGAGAUGACCCACACCGGGGCGUACCCGUUUGUGUGUGGAUGUUCGAAAAAGUUCAACCGCAGUAAGCUGUACCAGCGGCACUUGGCAAAGUGUAACGAUGCUGGUAACGCAUAAGCGUUACGGCGUGUUAUCGUUCGUAGUAAGGUAGAGAAAGCCGACGCGUGAUCGUCUCACCGUUCGCUAGGAUCAUGUAAUGGUUUCAUUUAUUUAUCUCUCCAUUAUACCUAAAUCAUUUCAAAAAUAAUUCAAUAACAUUUAUGUAUAUACCUUUCAUAAUAUAGUAAAUCUAAUGCGUGUUUUCACGUUACUCUUCUU